AUGGCGUCGAACGUAAACCUUACCACUUCGUUCUACAACAGUUUACCACCAUCACACCGAAAACUGUACAAAAGCUACGCCCAGACGGUAAAAAAGCUGAGCGCCCAAUGCAUAAGGAACGAUUUUCUCCGACGAUGUAAAAAGUUUGGCUUACACCCCACACCCAUACAAAACACCUUCCGCUGCAUAAACGGAUUAUUAGAGGAUGCCAGUCCAUACAGAGGGAAGCUGGAGAAGGCGAUGGACCGUUUCAAACGCACUAUCCUGAACGUCGAAAUCAGCGAUAGUUCUCACAAAAUCAAAACGCUAGAGAAAACGAAAGCUACCCUCACGAGCAAAAUCACGCAAGUAUCCCCCUCUAACACAUACACACAUUUCUUCGAGCGCCAGGAAACAUUCUUUCAAAGAAAAUGUCGAUCGUUGCAGAUUACGACAAGCCGCAAAUUUCAACGUCUCUACAAAAGAGUUGAAAUUGUAAAAGCAAACAAACUCAAAGUGAACGAUUCUUGGGUUAAAAACAUCACAGAUGUUGUUAUUCCCCAAGAAACGAUGGUUCUUUUGGGCUAUGGUCCCAAGUUCGCCUUGCCGUUGGAAAAUAAUCAAGAAAUUCCAUAUUUCAAGAUUAUCGCGGACUUGGAAUCAAUUCUACAGUCCGAACGAGAUGAGAGUUUGCAAAUGGUUUGUCGCAAUCAGUACAUCAACAUAAUUCAAAUUCAUAUGAACAGGCUAACGAACGGUGGUCAUACAUCACCACCAGACACUAUCAAUCGUUUUUUGAUCGAAGCAUUUCAUGUCAGCAAAAAGUUCAUCCGAGAAAAUCCAGACUUAUGUGUUGUAACCUCCGAUAAGGGUAAUAAAACAGUUAUAAUGAAGAGAGAAGAUUAUGAGUCAAAAAUGAGAGCCCUUAUUGACGACAUCGACACAUACGAAAGGAUCGACGCGGAUUGGACAAGCAAAAUUCAAACGAAAAACGAUACGCUGGUGAAAUCACUAUUCGACCAAAAAAUGAUUGAUCAACCCACCAAGAAUCGGCUAACUACAUACAACGCGACUUGCCCUAAAAUUUAUGGACUACCUAAGAUUCAUGAAGACGGCAAUCCACUGAGGGUCAUACUGUCAUGCAUAAACUGCCCAACAUAUGAUCUCUCAAAAUACCUUGCUAGCAUUCUGCAUAAUUCGAUAGACCACGAGAAAUAUAACGUACGCAACUCAUAUGAGUUCUGUACGUUUAUUAACAACGUCACACUUCCCUCCAACUAUGUAUUGGUAUCGUUUGAUGUGGUAAGCCUGUUCACUUGCAUACCGAGAGACUUGGUGGUACAAGCGGUGAGAAAUAACUGGAACUUGAUCGAGAAAAAUACGACGAUCAAAGAUCAAAAUGUUUUUAUCAUGCUCAUUGAGUUUAACAUCUCGUCCAGUUAUUUCACCUUCCGUGGGGCCUAUUACCGGCAAAAGGAGGGGACAGCCAUGGGGAAUCCUUUGUCACCUGGUUUAGCUGAUCUUAUUUAUCAACCAAAGCACGAAUAA